CGUCGUCGUCGUCGCCGUCGUCGCCGUCGUCGCCGUCGUCGUCGUCGUCUUCGUCGUCGCCAGGUCGCCCAGUGCGGCAACGCCGGUCUCUGCUCCUGGCUGCUCGACCGGCGCGCCGAGCUGGCGCUGUCGCCGCGGCGGCACGCCGCGCCCGACCGCGAGGGACUCACGCCCUCGCAGUGGGCCGAGCUGGAAGGCCACGGCGAGCUGUCGCGGGCGCUGCGGCUGCUGGAGGCCGGCGACGAGCCAGAGGCCCCCGCGGCGAGCGACGAGCCCGCGCCGCCGGAGCCAGGCCCAAG